AAUACCCCAUCACAGCCUUCGGCCCUUCUCCGCAGCCCCCAAAGCCUACCACUAAGGUUCCAAGCACAACACAACCUAAGCACGCACGCAGAGACCAGCACAAACAAUGGCUGAAAAGGUGGAGUCGGUGCAGUGCUUCGGGCGCAAGAAGACGGCGGUGGCGGUGACGCACUGCAAGAAAGGGCGGGGACUGAUAAAGAUCAACGGAUGUCCGAUUGAGCUGGUGGAGCCGGAGAUCCUGAGGUUCAAGGCCUACGAGCCAAUCCUGCUGCUGGGACGACACCGUUUCGCGGGCGUGGACAUGCGGAUCCGCGUGAAGGGCGGUGGACACACGUCGCAGAUCUACGCCAUCAGGCAGAGCAUCGCAAAGGCCCUGGUGGCCUUCUACCAGAAGUACGUGGACGAGCAGAGCAAGAAGGAGAUCAAGGACAUCCUUGUCCGCUAUGACCGCACCCUCCUCGUCGCUGACCCUCGCCGCUGCGAGCCCAAGAAGUUCGGUGGUCGCGGCGCCAGGGCCAGGUUCCAGAAGUCCUACCGUUGAUUUCGUAUGCUUUGCUUUUCUACGACUAUCCCUGUCUGUCUGUCUUUUUGUUUCUGAUCGUUCUUUUUGUUUUAGGGAGAUUAUGAUUAUUAUUAUUAUUAUUAUUAUUACGGUUUUGAAAUUUUGGCAUGGAUUUUGGAUUCGCUGUUAUUGAAGUAUUUGAUUUUAUUGAUAGUCUUAUAAUUCGUGAUGAA